GCCAUUUUGUGUUCGCUGGUUUCAAGGUGAUAGAAUCAGGCUGCGGAGCAACGAGUGGAUUGUUUCCUACUCAAGUUAAAACAGCGUUGACUUUUACUCGUUUUUAGUAUUAAGCUCCCGUUUUUGAAGCCACUUUUUUGAACUGCAGCAAAUCCAGAGUCAGACAGACAGACAGACAGGCAGGCAGACCUUCACCGAGCCGAGUACAGACAAUGGAUUGGUCGUCGUCCUCCUCCACCUCCAGCCUCAUGGCCAGCAGCAACGUGACCAACAAGACGGACCCGCGCUCCCUCAACUCCCGCGUCUUCAUCGGCAACCUCAACACCCUGCUGGUCACCAAGGGCGACGUGGAGGCCAUCUUCUCCAAGUAUGGCAAGAUCGUGGGCUGCUCCGUGCACAAGGGCUACGCCUUCGUCCAGUUCGCCAAUGAGAGGAACGCCCGCUCCGCCGUGACCGGCGAGGAUGGACGCAUGAUCGUGGGACAGGUUCUAGACAUAAACCUGGCAGGUGAGCCGAAGCCUCACCGAUCGAAGACGGGGAAGCGCUCAGCGGGAGACAUGUACAGUCCAUCUUUUGAUCUGGACUAUGACUUUCAAAGAGAUUACUAUGACAGGAUGUACUCAUACCAGUCCCGCGUUCCUCCUCCACCUCCACCUCUGUCCCGCGCCGUCAUCCCCUCAAAGCGUCCCAGAGUCAGCGUGAGUGGAGGAGUGAGCAGACGAACCAAAACCAGCUCCUCCUCCAAAGGCAACCAGAGGACCUCACGCACAAUGAGGGUAGACGAUCUGCAGAACAUCAAGAGAGAGCUCACGCAGAUCAAACACAAGGUGGACGACCUGCUGGAGAGCUUGGAGCGCAUGGAGAAGGACCACAGCAAGAAGUCUGGUGAGCCUCAACGAAGACAGAUGAUCGUAAACCGGAAUGUUUACGUUUCAAGAAGGGACAUUGCAAUAAAAAGCAAAGAGAGCAGUUACAUGGCGAUAUCUAAUGACAUGAAGAGCUCCAAGCCCGAGCCCGGCGAGGUGUCCCCGCUCCACUCGUCCACCUCCAGCAAGAAGGACGACGGCCUGAAGCGAGACAGAGAGCUGAACGACUCCGAGGAUGACGGAGAUCUGCUGGAGGACGAAGACGAGAUGAAAAGCAGAGGGCGAGACGAGGACGAGGAGGAGGAGGAAGGCGAGCAUGAGGAAGGGGAGGACGACGGAGACAGCGCCAACGGAGACGAGUCCUAAAGCUACGCAUGCAAACGACGCGUCACGUCAUGUUUUUUGGUUCCUCCCCCCACCCACAGCACACUGGUACACACGGUGGUAGCACAUUUCCGAGCUGAUGACUGGACACUUGUAUACAGUGAAACUGUAGACUCACAGAUUCAUUAAUAUGUCUCUUUUACUCAUUUUUUUUUUAGACUUUUCCUGACACUGGAUUAAUGCAGUAAUAUUUUUUUUUUUAUUAGAUUAAGUGCUCAUGUAGGAAAACUUUUCCAUGAUAUAGUUCUUGCUCUACUUGGCCUGACUCUACUCAACUUGGUAUCAGUCACUUUGUUUUCCAAGCAGUUGUUUUCAGUGUAUUGAAUCUGUUGAUUACCCGUUCUGUUACCAUCUUGUCCGUACAUUACCGUAACUCCUAGACUGUUUGUGACAGCUAGAAAAUUCAAAAACUAUGUAGAGGAUAAAGCGGUAGAAGGCGGAUGGAUGGAUACCGUUUGUGCGUUUGUGACAUCAUCUUCUCAGUACUGUAAUCCCUAAAGGGUUUUCCAAGAUAAUGAGAGUUCUCUUGGAUAAAGGGGGCAGAAGCACUCACUCAUUGAAAUUCUUUUUGACAAUUCUACAGCCAUAAAAUCAAAAUAAAUCCAGGCGGCCUGAUUAUAAUGACGGUCACAAAAGGGUUAAGAAGAUCUGUCACAGAAUCGUUCAGGACUUCCUGCAUGACCCGGAGCGCAGACUCCGUCAAGUGGACGGGUUGUGAGUCAGCUUUCAGUAGUGCUGUUGCUCACUACACCAGACUCCUCUGUUAAAUACUGAGAUUUUAGACAUUUCCUUUGCUAAACGUUGGAGAUUAACGCAUGUUUUUGGGAUUUUUAAGUCGUUUUAACUGAUCUACAGUUCGGCAUUGUUCGGCUUGAUUCUUGCGUCGGACGUCGCGCUCAUGACUCUUGCAGUGACGACACUCUCUGACCAAUCAGUGGCUGUCAGUCUGUUGACGUCACAUUUUAGUAUCGGUACCUAAUGGAAAAGCAAAACAAGGGAGUAGAGACGAGCUCGAACUGUAUAAUGGAAAAGCGACUUGAAUUUGAACUCAGGACUCGGAGCCUUUAUAGCAUAAAAAAAAUAAAAAAAUUUUAAGCAAGUGAGUUAUGAUUUGUUGCCAAAAUCUUAGCAAAUUUCAAAUUGACAUUGGCAGACAUUUUAAAUAAUAAAAGUAAGAAAAGAGACAAAAUACCAGACAUGGUAGAUUUUCUUUCUUAAUCCCACGGUUGUGCAGCUGCUUCCUAACCAGCAGGUGGCAGCGUGUCCCAACAACCGGACAACCACAUCUCUGUUGUUCACCUUUUAGCAAGUGUGUAGAAAACAUGUUGUAGGACUGAAAUCCUCACUUUGUGUCUCGCACAACUCUUACUUAUGACGUUAAUGGACCUCAUGCAGGGCUACACCAUGUUUGUUUUCAGUUUGUCAUUCUGAGGUUAAAAACAAACAUGUUUUUUGUUGGGUUUUUUUCACGUCCAUCUUUGGAAACAGCCCAUCUGGAUGCGUUUGGCUCGUAAACCAGGUGCAGUGGAGAACGACAUAGAAGGGGUUGAUCGUGCUGUAGAUGUAGUUUUUUAUUGUUGCACAGACGGGUCGAGGCUGGAUUAAAGUGUUUUUUUUUAUUGUCUUGUCAUAAACUUUUACUGCGUCAGUUUCUCUCCUGCCUUUAACACAUCCAUUUUGUUACUUUUACUGUUAUUUCAACUGAUUCUGAUGCGUUUCUCUAAUAUUUCUGUAAAAAUAAAUCCCUCCAUCUACAAAGUG